GGAGGCUGACGGCGCGGUCUUUGGCGCGAGUCCGUGCACCGCGGCCUCCCCGCCCCGGUGGGAGGGAGGGACGGACGGAGGAAGCUGCCGGUAUAACGGGAGGAGAGCGCCAGGCGGACCUGGGGCGUCCCUCCCACUCGCUUCUUGACUCGCGUUGCUGCCGGCCGCCUCCCGCGCCUAGUGUCCGGGACGCGCCUGAACCUGCCGCCUCCGUGCCUGGGGCGGCGCCGCGCGGUCCCGAGCGCUCCAGAAAGCUGCGGCGCGAGUCCGCGGGGCCGACCUCGGAGACGCAGCUGGGGCCGGGCGCGGCUUGGCGGGAGGGUCUGCAGCGCUGAGGGAGGCUGCCAGUGCGUGAGGAAGAGAGCGAGAGACUGGACAGGGGAGACAGAGCAGCGUCGGAGCCGCGCAGGGGACGGGAGUGAGAGCAGGAGCGACGCAGAGCGGCCGUCGCCGUGCCCGGGUCUCAGGGCGCCUGGCUGAAGUGAGCAUGGCUUCAGUGGCCUGGGCCGUCCUCAAGGUGCUGCUGCUUCUCCCCACUCAGACUUGGAGCCCCGUAGGAGCAGGAAAUCCACCUGACUGUGAUGCCCCACUGGCCUCUGCCUUGCCUAGGUCAUCCUUCAGCAGCUCCUCAGAGCUGUCCAGCAGCCACGGCCCGGGGUUUUCAAGGCUUAAUCGAAGAGAUGAUGGAGCCUCACCCUGUCACCCAGGCUGGAGUGCAGUGACGUGAUCUCGGCUGACUGCAACCUCCGCUUCCUGGGUUCAAGCGAUUCUCCUGCCUCAGCCUUCUGAGUAACUGGGAUUACAGGAGCUGGUGGCUAGACCCCACUUGUGUCAAAUAAAUACCAAUGGCUGCAAAUUGACCUUGGAGAGAGAAUGGAGGUCACUGCUGUCGCCACCCAAGAAGGAUAUGGGAGCUCUGACUGGGUGACCAGCUACCUCCUGAUGUUCAGUGAUGGUGGGAGAAACUGGAAGCAGUAUCGCCGAGAAGAAAGCAUCUGGGGUUUUCCAGGAAACACAAACGCAGACAGUGUGGUGCACUACAGACUCCAGCCUCCCUUUGAAGCCAGGUUCCUGUGCUUUCUCCCUUUAGCCUGGAAUCCCAGGGGCAGGAUUGGGAUGCGGAUCAAAGUGUACAGAUGUGCAUAUAAAUCUGAGAUGGUUUAUUUUGAUGGACAAAGUGCUCUGCUGUAUAGACUUGAUAAAAAACCUUUAAAACCAAUAAGAGACGUUAUUUCUUUGAAAUUUAAAGCCAUGCAGAGCAAUGGAAUUCUACUUCACAGAGAAGGACAACAUGGAAAUCACAUUACUCUGGAAUUAAUUAAAGGAAAGCUUGUCUUUUUUCUUAAUUCAGGCAAUGCUAAGCUGCCUUCCACUAUUGCCCCUGUGACCCUCACCCUGGGCAGCCUGCUGGACGACCAGCACUGGCAUUCCGUCCUCAUCGAGCUCCUCGACACGCAGGUCAACUUCACCGUGGACAAACACACUCAUCAUUUCCAAGCAAAGGGAGAUUCCAGUUACUUGGAUCUUAAUUUUGAGAUCAGCUUUGGGGGAAUUCCGACACCCGGAAGAUCACGGGCAUUCACACGUAAAAGCUUUCAUGGGUGUUUAGAAAAUCUUUAUUAUAAUGGAGUGGAUGUUACCGAAUUAGCCAAGAAACACAAACCACAGAUCCUCAUGAUGGGAAAUGUGUCCUUCUCAUGUCCACAGCCGCAGACUGUCCCUGUGACUUUUCUGAGCUCCAGGAGUUAUCUGGCUCUGCCAGGCAACUCUGGGGAGGACAAAGUGUCUGUCACUUUUCAAUUUCGAACGUGGAACAGAGCAGGACAUUUGCUUUUCGGCGAACUUCGACGUGGUUCAGGGAGUUUCGUCCUCUUUCUUAAGGAUGGCAAGCUCAAACUGAGUCUCUUCCAGCUGGGACAGUCACCAAGGAAUGUCACAGCAGGUGCUGGAUUAAACGAUGGGCAGUGGCGCUCUGUGUCCUUCUCUGCCAAGUGGAGCCAUAUGAAUGUGGUGGUGGACGAUGACACAGCUGUUCAGCCCCUGGUGGCUGUGCUCAUUGAUUCAGGUGACACCUAUUAUUUUGGAGGUGUGAUAGCAGUGGUGAUAUUUAUUUUGCUUUGCAUCACUGCCAUAGCCAUACGCAUCUAUCAACAGAGAAAGUUACGCAAAGAAAAUGAGUCAAAAGUCUCAAAAAAAGAAGAGUGCUAGGACAGCUCUAAACAGUGAGCUCGAUGUGCAAAACGCAGUCCAUGAAAACCAGAAAGAGCGAGUCUUCUGAUUGGCAGCUGUGGCUGUCUCUAUCACCGUGACUGUGGACUUCCCUGCUGUUGCCAUCAGGGUGCACACAGCAGGUGCAGUGCUGUCACCUGGCUGAAGACCUGCAGCCUCGGAGCCUCUGGGAGGUCCCUUUCUCCCUCGGUGAAACACAGUUCUCCACAUCAAUUUCCAAACAAUGAAUUAGGUAUGGCCAUUCAUCACUGUUCAGUAGUUUCCCCGUCCAAAGGCUCUCUUCCAAAACUGCAGUUUGAUCUGUGUUAAUAGUUGUGGGGUUUUAGAUGAGAAAAUGACUAUAAAGCUGUGGCCCUACUUUAUUUUUUAAAAAUGACAGAACUUUUGUCCAGAUGUAAAAGACAAAAUUGCACUUUAAUGUUUUUUGUUACUUGAAAACAUAUCUGGGAUCCCUUUUUUUGGUCCUCUGCUGAUAGUUAUAAAACAGGAAAUGCUUCUUAGACUACCUUCACUGGCAUUUCCAUAGUCCUGGAAUCCAGAGCCAAGUGGCCUAUCUAAAAUUCACAGCCCUUUUAUUCUCCUGUGUGGUGGUUAAUACAAUGCAGUUGAAGCCUGGAAAUACUACCAUUAUUUUUGGUGUAUUGCUUUUUCUAAUUGACUGUUUUUAAUGAUUUUGAUACAUUUUAAUGUUGAAAUUAAUAUUGAAUGUUAGCUAUGAAAUUUUAGUAUUGAAUUUUAUAAUGGAACAGAACAUUGGUAGGUAACAAGAUGCAAGAGGAUGUCAAUACAAGAUUGCCUGCCUGUUUUUCUUUGUAAUUUGUAAUUACAGUUUUUGUAACCUGUGAUUAUGUUUUUAACUAAAUUUACAACCAGAUACAAACAAUACUUCUUACACAGAGUUAUCCUUUAUUUAUAUCAUUAAUACGUGAAUGAAACAUCAUCCUAACUUACUUCCCCAAGAUAUUGAGAGGUCAUAUCUGUUUUUCUUUAUCAUUCAUUUCUUUUUCUAAAAGUUGUUACUGAUAUGCUUUUGAUUUCCUAUGACUCUAUUAUGUUGUACAGAACAUCUUUUCAAUUUAUUAAAAAAAUAGCUUAACUGAAGAUCACUAAUUCCUUUUCUAAAUUUUGAACUGCUCUAGGCAUAAAUAUCAUUGUGUAUUAUCCUUUCAUCUAAUCACUUUUGGAAUGUAAACUGAAGGCUGUUCACUCCAAGUUCAGUUAGCAUUUACAUGAUGUUUAUUAAAUCUGCCAGUCUGAUCACAGGUUUAUGACCAUGGGGCCAAAUUCCCAUAGAUUACCCAAAAUUGAAUAUGUGCUGUUAACUGGAACAUGUCUCAUUAAGGUUUACAUACACACUAAGACAGCAAAGGAUUGGAAUUAACUUUACGGAGACAGUUCCAGGGACUAAUACUGAAGUGUGGUUAUUUGAUAAUGCGUGGAACCACCAUUUGGAUUCAAUAAACCAAUUAUAUAAAAGCAAUGAUGCUACACUCUUCAUAUUCCAGAUACCAACUGCCUACCAAGGGCUAAUGAGAUGGUAUAUUUCUUCCACAUCAGGGCAAGCUGAAAAUAUAUUGAUUCAGCGUUACUGUUACAUAAAUGAAUUUCCAUCUUCUCAUAUGUGUUAUUUUUGAAAGAAUGAAUACACUCUCUGUCUUAAAUCCGCUCUUAACAAAUGAUCUCUUCUCAGAAUACUACAUCUGUAUUGAGAGUACAGACAGCCCAUUGGUCACUGCACCUUUUGCAAGACAGCGAAAUGGAUGCAUCAAAUUGCAUUGAUACAUCAUCACCAUCAAUCUUUUGCACUGAUUUUUAGACUUAAUCUUCUUAUUUGAAAAUAAACUCAUUUUUAAAUGAAAUAAAAAAUAUUUUAGGGAAAGCUCUAUAAAAUUAAAAUUACAGAAUUAUAUGCUUUUUAAAAUUUAUGCAAAAAUGUGCAGACAAAUGUAUUCUGUAUUGGUUUAUGUACUACUUUGCCCUUGUAUAUUUUGAGAUUAUUAAGAUUUGUUGACUUUUUUGGUUUGAUAUUUAUCAUCUGUUAAAUUUUUCCUUUUAAAUUAUUAAAUGCAAAGUGCAAGAAAAAGAGAUAAAUAUUUACUGAUUGCUAGAUGUAAAAAUAUCUAUGAAUAUAUAUAUUUAAACUUCUGCCAGAGAGCAACCGUGUAACAGUCAACUUACUAAAAUCUAAAUUGAGUACUUUUUACUGUUGCAGAGAAUUAAGUCACUAAACGUUAUUUAGAUAUAUAGAUGCUAGUUGCAAGUAACACCCUUUUGUAAUAUAAAAGUAAAAGCAUAAUAAUUUCCCAACUUUUGUCUUCAAAUUAAAAAAGAAAAUAGCAUAUAAUUACCAUUCUUCAUUUGAGAAAGCUGAAGAUUCUGAUGCUUAAAAACUUCAGAAUUCUAAUAUUAAAAAUAGAGUGGUUCAUGUGACAUUGAAGGCUUAUCUCUGUAAAAUAGUGACACUGGUGCGUGGUAUUAUCUCAAUAUUUUUGCCCAAAUUCACCUUAGGAAAUCACUGUAAAUCUUCAUUGUUUCCUAAAAGUCAUUAUUACGGCAUAAACUUAACAUACUUUGAUAGUAGUUAGUACUGAUAUGUGACAUAUUCUACCCCGUGUCUCUAUUACUCUGUCUCUAUUACUGUGAAAAGUCACAGUAAAUUUAACAUUUUCUUCCAGACUGUGUAUGAUCUUUCAUUGUAAUAGAGACAUGGAGUAGGAUAAGUCAUGUAUUAACAUAUAAGAUUUUUUUAACCUGACCCCUCAGUUUUAUAGAUGAGACAAAGAUAAGGUUGUAAGAGCUAAUCUCUUCAAGUAGGCAGUACUAGUAAGUUGUCAUGCGUGGACUGAACUCCUGACACUUCUGUCUCUUAACUUCAAUCCAUAGAGAAGCCCACCUUCCUGCCUUCCCAGUAUUAUUUAGCAGAGGAGAAAAUCACAUUGGGCUGUUUGAUACUCUGUUUGCCUAGACUGACCAGUCAUUCUGGAUCUUUGUUCACAUCUUCUCUGAAAGAAUAUUUGAUGGGAAAUCUUUUUUAUUUUUUAAUUUUUGUGUACAUACUAGGUGUAUAUAUUUAUGGAGUACAUGAAAUGUUUUGAUACAGGCAUGCACUGUGAAAUAAGCACAUCAUGGAGAAUGGGGUAUCCAUCCCCUCAACAUUUAUCCUUUGUGUUACAAGCAACCUAAUUACACUCUGUAUUUUAAAAUAUGCAGUUAAGUUUUUAUUGAUUAUAGUCACCCUAUUGUGCUAUCAUAUAGUAAGUUUUACUCAUUCUUUCUACCUUUUUUGUACCCAUUAACCUAUCCCCACCUCUGCCCCACCAUUAUCUCAGCUGUCUACUACUUUUUUCAGCCUUUACUAACCAUCCUUCUACUCUAUAUCCAUGAGUUCUGUUGUUUUGAUUUUUAGAUCCCAUAAAUAAAUGAGAACAUGCAAUGUUUGUCUUUCUAUGCCUGGCCUAUUUCACUUAACAUAAUGACCUCCAGUUCCAUCCAUGCUGUCGCAAGUGACAGGAUCUCAUGCUCUUUUAUGGCUGAAGAGUACUCCAUUUUGUAUGUGAACCACAUUUUUUUCAUUCAUCUGUUGAUGAACACUUAGGGUGUUUCCAAAUCUUAGCUGUUAUAAACAGUAUUGCAACAAAUAAAAGAGUGCAGAUGGAAAAUUGAUUUUGAUGGCUUUUUUCUUUAAUAAAACAUUAAUUUCUUCAUGUAUAACUGGAAGGCAAACAAAUGAUCCAUUUGCUUAGUUUAUUCUUGAAUCCAUAAUAUAAGUGACAGAAAUGGAUUAUUAAAAUAUACUUGAAGUUGGGGAAGAAUGAUAUGGACACAUUUUAAAUCAAAACAUGAUGAAUUGGCUGUUUAACCUACUACCUCAUUGGCCAAUCUGGGGCAAGAUGAAAGUAUUUGUAAACACUGUUUUGGCAAUUAUGUGUAAAGAGAGAACCAAUUUUUUAAUUAAAAAAUUGAAUUAUAAGAAUUUUAGAGCUUUUCUAUUGGUAAAGACAUUAAAUAUCAUAGAGUCCAACGCUUUUCUCUUCCUUCACAUCACUCCCAAUGGAUGUAGCUCAGGCUAAGUUCAUUGCUGAUGCGUUGUCAGAACAGCCACUAACGGUUUAAGUGGGUAUACUUAAGUGCAAAUGUGAAUAAUGUUUUAAGAAGGUUACAUAAAGUUGCCAUUACUAGGAGUAGUAGCAGAAUUUAUUAUGGAUUAAUCAUGUCGUCGGGAAAAUGUACUGAAGCACUACUUCCUGUGGUAUUUUUUUCACAAAAUGAUAACAUAGUUUAUUGCCUAUAGGUUGAUUAUGACCUAAAAUUAUAUUUUUGCAUUUUAUUAUGCCAUUAUAUAUUUUAAAAUGUGAGGUUCACAUUGUUGCAUUUGCUCUGUGAAUAAAAAUGUCUAAAAUCAUAAGAUGAACUUUUAGAUUUUGCGAUAUGAAAAUUUCUAACUUACCUAGCUUGUGAUGGUACCUAAAAAUUUAAGAAAGCCCUUAAAAUAGAACCUCUGUGACUGCAUGAGCACUUUGUAUGACUCAUAUCACAUUUUAACUCCUUAAGCAAGCCAAUGAGGUAAAACAUAUAAUUAUCCCCAUUUUUGCAAAAUUCACAAAGGCCUUCACUGCUUUGAGAAAAUGUUACACAGAUAAUUACUGACAAAAAUGGGUUAGAAUGCAGGUCCUGAGAUGUCUAGUUCCUGACCAGUUCUACAGGUUGCCUUGCUCCCAUAAUAUGCUCCAAUCUACAAUGUUCAUCUUAAUCUGCAGUGAGUAAACAUAUAAUUGAUAGCUAAAUUUACUUCUUGUUCCAAAUCUUUAGGAUAUGAUUCAUGUGUGUUAUAUACAUACAUAUAUACAUAUGUGUAUGUGUGUUUAUACUUACAUAUAUUUUUUUUUCUUAUUUUACUUCUGGCUAAGAUGGAGUAAUAGGGAGCAUAUUUACCCUCUAACCCUCCUGCAUGAAACAACCUCAAACCAGACAAAAUAUAUGAAACAAUGGUUUUCAGUACACUGGACAUGAGGCACGGAAUGUAAUCCCUGAAAGAUAGGAAACAUAAGAUGUGUGCUGUGAGUAUCCCAGCUUACGACUUGAGAGAAUUUGAGACAGCAGUGCGACAAUGGAGAUAGAUAGCCUAAGGAAGCCUAGCAAGUCUCUGAAUGGAGUAGCUGUUGCUGAGAGUUCAGGUACACGAAGGUGGCUAGAGAUUGCAGGAUAGAGUACCAGCGAGGAAAGAGCUGCAUUGGAGAAAGCUUUGCAAAUCUGGAGAGGGUCGCCCUUCAGUGUGUAACAAAGUGCAUGAAACUACCUGAGG